AUGGCUGAAAUUCCAAUGAAACCUUCAAUCCUUCAAUCUCACGGUUCUAUGCCACGCAACCUUGCAAUGGCAGAGGAACAACGUUCAAGACCAGACCAUACCAUACCUAGCGAAAACAAUCUGGAAUGUACGAUUGGAGCUAGGGUAGCCACAAUGCUCUGGUUCUGUACAUACACCCGAAGAUGGACAAGCGGGAGAAUUAGUACGCAUGGGAGAAUUAGUCACCCCAAAAGUAGACAAAUGGGAAGAAUUAGUACGACGAGAAAAUUAGUCACCCCAAAAAUGGACAAGUGGGGAUAA